AUGCAAGGAUUGCCUUUCCGCGGUCAUGAUGAGUCAGAAGAAUCAUUAAAUCAAGGUAAUUUUCUUGAGUUCUUGAAAGUUAUUUCUUCUUGCAAUGAAGAGAUAGCUAGUGUUGUGCUAAAAAAUGCUCCAGACAAUCUCAAACUUACAUCACCAGAUAUUCAGAGAGAUAUUAUAAAUGCAUUUGCUGUUGAGACAACGAAAGCUAUUGUACAUGAUAUGAGAAGUGAAUUUUUCUCCAUAUUAGUUGAUGAGUGUCGAGAUGUAUCUGUCAAAGAGCAAAUGGGUGUUGUGGUGCGAUAUGUGGACAAGAAUGGAUGUGUUAUAGAACGUUUUCUUGGUGUUGUUCAUGUUAGUGAUACAACUGCAACCUCACUUGAGAAAGCACUUGAUUAUUUGUUAUCUACUUAUGAUUUAAGUAUAUCUAGUUUGAGAGGUCAAGGAUAUGAUGGCGCAAGCAACAUGAGAGGAGAAUUCAAUGGGUUGAAGAGUUUGAUACUCAAGAGAAAUUCCAGUGCUUAUUAUGUAUAUUGCUUUGCUCAUCAGCUUCAGCUCACGAUUGUUGCUGUUGCUAAAAAACAUAAAAUUGUCGGAUCUUUUUAUAAUUCUCUCUCUCGUUUGUGUAAUACUGUUGGAGGUUCUUGUAAGCGCAGAGAUAUACUUCGGGAGAAACAGAUAGAGAAUAUUAUUAAAGAGAUUGCAAGUGAUGAAAUAAGCACAGGAAGAGGACUAAAUCAAGAAAUGUCAUUGAAGCGACCUGGAGAUACUCGUUGGAGUUCACAUUACGGUACUCUUGUCAACUUGAUACAUUUAUAUUCUUCUAUUGUUGAUGUUCUUGAGUAUGUUGGGGAGAAUGGUCAUGACAAUUCAAUAAGGGCUGAAGCUGAUGAUGUGUUAGAAAUUAUAAAUAGUUUUGAGUUUGUCUUUGUGUUACAUCUUAUGAAGCAAAUCUUGGGAAUCACACAUGAACUCUCCCAAGUGCUACAAAAGAAAGAUCAAGACAUUGUUAAUGCGAUGAAUCUUGUCAAGGUAGCAAAAUUACGUCUGCAAAUAAUGAGGGAAAAAGAUUGGGAUGUAUUGCUUGCUGAUGUUUCUAAGUUUUGUAGCAAAUAUGAACUGGAUGUGCUUGACAUGGAAGAUGAGUUUGUAGCUCGAAAAAAAGGAAGACGUAGAGCUGAGAAAAUGAAGAAUCUCCACUAUUAUCGAGUUGAACUCUUUUGUUCUGUUAUUGACUUGCAAGCUCAAGAGUUGAAUCAACGUUUUGAUGAAGUCAACACAGACUUAGUUUUAUGCAUGUCAUGUUUUGAUCCUAGGGAUUUAUUUUCUGCAUUUGAUUUGGAGAAGCUGUUUCGUCUUGCACGGUAUUAUCCUUCUGAAUUUUCUGAAGUUGCUUUGUCCGAGCUUAAAAGUCAACUUGAGAACUUUAUUUUCGAUGUGCGCAUAGAUGAAAAGUUUUCACAAAUAUCAGGAAUCAGUGGUCUUGCUCAAAAGAUGGUUUCUACAAGGAAACAUGAAGUUUUUCCAAUGGUUUAUUCAUUAGUUAAGUUAUCAUUGAUCUUACCAGUUGCCACUGCAUCAGUAGAAAGAGCCUUUUCAGCAAUGAAGAUCAUCAAGACUUCUCUACGUAAUAGCAUGGGAGACCAUCUAUUGAAUGAUUGCUUAGUUCCUUACAUCGAAAAGGAUGUGUUUGUUAAAGUUACCAAUGAAACUAUUAUGCAGCGAGUAAUUGCUUAUGACAUUAUGCUUUAG